AUGGGCGGCUCACGCGCGUGGGCAGCGCUCGCCACCGGGCUGGGCCUGGUGCUGGCGCUCCUCGUGUGGCGGCGACGGCGGACGACUCCGAAGGCGCUGGAGGCGGCGGCGGCGACGAGUGGUCCGGAGGCUCUUGCCCCAACCGAUGCCACAGAUGUGCGUGAAGUCGCUUCAGCUGCACCGGAGCCCAGCUCAGUGCCACCUGCACCGGAGCCCAAGGCGGCGCCGGAGCCCAAGGCGGCGGUGGACGUGGUGGUGCCGGACGCCGUGCCGCCGGUGGCGACGCCCGCACGAGCUCGGCCCAAGAGGGAGGACUCGGGACUGGCCCGUGGUUUCCUGAACAAAGCGCCCAAGAAGGCGAAGAAAACCGACUCAACGAAGCCGGAGGUGAGGCCGCAGACGACGACCCCUGCUGUGGCCGAGACCGCUUCUGCCUCGGAGGAAAUCGCACGAGAGGAGCAGGCGGGCGUCCGCUUCUUCCAUGCCUGCGACUUCCGGGAAGCCAAGGGCUGCUUCGAACGCAUGCGGCGCAAAGCCAACGAAGCCCAGCUGGGCAAAGAGGCACGUUGGCCCUCCAGCAUGCGAGCGGGCAAGAGCAGAUGA